AGAAAAAGAAAACCGAAUUCAUUUAAGUUGUCAAAGACUCCCUACCGGUUUACCUUCAUAAUAAUCCAUCUAUAAUAUCCUCAUGUUCUCGUCCAGUCUGUUGAGAACUUAUAUCUCCAAGCAGGCAACCAAGCCCGUCGCUUCCUGCAUAGCAAAUCCGACUCGUUCAGUGCGUUUCUUCGCCGCUGCAUCAGAAAACAUGACGCCUCGCAUUAUGGACACCAUUAAGCAGGAUCACCGCGAUCUGGAGGCUUACUAUGACAAGAUUAUCAACUCCACAGACCCGGAAGAGCAGACGCGUUUCCAGAAUCAGUUCACCUGGGAGCUAGCUCGUCACUCCCACGGAGAGGAAUUGGUCGUCUAUCCUGCAUUCGAGAAGCACCUGAAAGAUGGCCAUGCCAUGGCAGAGAAGGAUCGUGGAGAACAUCAAACGGUCAAGGAAGAAUUGAAGAAAUUCCAGAACCUCCAUGUAUCGGAUCCCGCAUUUAUCCCCACCAUCAAGGCCCUGAUGCAGGAUCUCGCUCAGCAUAUCAAAGAGGAGGAGACGCACGACCUCAUCAAGCUCGAGGAGGCUCUGACCGCAGAGGAGAGCGAAGGGCUCUCGAAGCAAUUUGGCCGGAUGAAGGCCCUCGUACCGUCUCGAUCGCACCCCAGUGCUCCGAACAAGCCACCAUUUGAGACCGCUGUCGGUCUCUUGAUGGCGCCGAUUGAUCAUAUUGCGGAUUUCUUCCGCAAGUUCCCUGACAACACCGUUAGCCCGAACCCGUCUACGAAAUAAAAUGUGUAUAUAUAAUACCAGCUAGGCCUAUGAUAAUAAGACAUAUAUCACGUACUUACUCGCAUUAACAAUGAGCUUCUGUUGAUAGAAACGGUGACGGUAGCAAGUCCCGCCAGAAAAUAUACUCUAUUUACCGAAUCGGGGAUAGUGGUGAAGCAGAACUCAAAGAAUACCUGGCCCACUAUGAUGAUAAUCACGAUGGAUGGAAUGAAAAAGUGAUUUUCAUUGUCCCCAUAGAAUUCACGUGCUUAAUAGAGAUCAAGGGACAGGAUAAGACCGUUGCUACGGCUGUCGUUGUGAUCUAUCUUCGCGGGGCGCGUAGAGCGCCCAUUUUCGGCCCCAGGUUGGCAAUUAUAGAUUUAGUGACUUGUAGCCAGUCAAUCUUGGAGUCGCCUCGUCAAUCAAUUGGUG